AUGGAAGUGUCAGAAUUCUUGGCAUGCGUGGUAGAUGAAGAGCGGGCUGGUCUAACGCAGUCAUCGAGCUCCGGUGUGGCCCAGGAGCCUCAAGCUUCACCCAGGUCCCCAGGCGCGGGGACUCCGGGCAGUUCAAGACCUUGGUCCAGACUCUUGAGGCUGUUGCCGCGAGCUGGGACGGAGCAAGCGCAGGUUCUUUGCCGGGAACCUGCCAACUUGCCCUCCCGGCAUCCCGGACCGUGUGCGCGGGGCGGGUCCAGCUUCCUUCGCUGGCGCUGGGGAAUUCCCGGUCCUGGGCGUGAGUCAGCGCCCACCCCCGCGGGCCGAAGGCCGGUGGGACGCGCCCAUAAAGCGGCCGGCGCGCGGCUGGACGGCGCUCCCGCGGCGCCGCUCGGCUGCUCGGCUGCUCGGCUGCUGCGGCCCCGAGCGCUGUGGCUGCUGCCGCUGCUCCUGCUCUGCCCCGCGCCGUCCCGCGCCAGUCCCGAGCGCUCGGGAAGCGCGGCCGAGACCUGCCUGCUGCGCCGGGACCCAGGGCCAUGCCAGGACCCCGUCACCCGCUACUUCUACGACAGGCGCAGGCAGCUGUGCCGGCCGUUCCAGUACGGGGGCUGCGGGGGCAACGCCAACAACUUCGCCAGCCUGGAGGCCUGCGAGGAAGCGUGCUGGAUGAUCGAGGAGGUUCCCAAAUAUUGCAGGUUUGAAGUCAGUAAGGAUAAGUGUGGCAGGUCCAGCAAAGAGUAUUUCUUCAAUCUGAAGACCAUGAGAUGUGAAAAGUUCCUAUCUGGUGGGUGUUCCCAGUAUAGAAACCGGUUCCCGGAUGAAGCUAGUUGUAUGAACUUCUGCGCCUCAAAGAAGAUGCCAUCAUUUUGCUACAGUCCAAAAGAUGGAGGAUUGUGCUUUGCUAAUGAGACUCGCUUUUAUUUUAAUAUGAGAUACAAAACCUGUGAGGCCUUCACUUACACUGGCUGUGGAGGGAAUGACAAUAAUUUCUCCUACUUGAAGGAUUGCCAGAGAGUUUGUGAAAAAGCCUACAAGAUGGGAAAAAGGAAGAAACAAAUACCUCCCUUUACAAUUAUAAGGCCGAAAAAUUGGAAGAAGGUACUUUGAGAAUUUCCUUCUACGUCAUCUUGUGAAUCCAUAUUGCCUGGACAGGUAUAUGUGAAGAAUAUGAUCCAGGCAAGAACGGAUCAUCAGAGAUUGAUUCAUCACUUUUUAUUGAUGUGCUGCUUUUUUCACCUGUGUCUAUUAUGUGCACAACUAGCUGCUAUUCAAAUGUGAACUUCUCCUUUUUAUUUGCUGUUCAAUUGUUUAUGAGAUUGAAUUGUUGCAACGCAAAAGAUAUACAAGAAAAUAUGACUCACUCAGUUCUUGGAGUUGCUAGUCCUUAUUUCAGCAGAUACCAUGACUCGAAGCCCAUCAGAAGAUUAUGUACUUUUAGCACAUAUGAGCAUAAACAGAACUGGCAGAUACAGGUCAUUAUGAACUUAAAAGCUGGGUUAUAUUUUUGGCCCAAGAAAUAAAAGUUUCAGCUUCACUAACAUUUUGAAAAAAUAAUCCAGUGUAUAGAUCUGUUAGCUGUACUUCCAAUUCUAUUGUGUCACAUUGCAGUGUGAAAAGUAAGAGAGUUUAUGUAAAAUAAAAUAAAGUAAAAUACAUUUUUUUUUGCGGU